AUGCCGCAAGAUCUGUCGCUAAAUGAUGUCGUAAUGCCUAAAUGCUACACUCGAGCGUUGUGGAUAUUCAAUUAUAAAAUUGAUGAUCUAGAAAAGGCAUUUAUCGAGUUUCUCAAACAAUUCUGUCCCAGUGCAUUUGGUCGAAUUGUAUACGAUGCAGCUAAACCAAACUACGGUCAAUUGAUCGAAUCAACAUCGGAAUCAAAUAAUGUUUUUAGUCGAGCUGAUCAACCUGAUCAAUCCGUUUCCCAUUAUAUUCAUUGUAGUUUUCAAGAAAUGGACUUUUUUCCAUAUGGAGCUCUGCCAACCGACACUUCGCCGUUGAUUUUUCUCCAUCAAAUCAAUCUUUGCGAUGGAACACUACUAGCAUUUGGUAUACAUCAUCAUUUCACAGAUGGAUAUGGAUUUUUCACUUUGAUUGAUCGAUUCUCCAAAUGGUUUGUGCAGAAAGACGAUUGUCAAAUACCGAAAUUCAACUUCAAUCGAGCUUUGCUACAACCAGGAUCAGACAUUCGUUAUGAUCAUAUUGAAUACACCAUGAUACCACCGACAUUUUCCUUUACAUCCAUACCAGCCAUGGAUGUUUUGGUGAAAAAAUAUACCAAACAAGAUUUGUUCACCAAGCUGAACAUUACAACAGCAAAUUUAUCGUUGAACGACGUUGUCGUUGCCUGGUUAACCCGAGCGAUUAGUCGAAUACGCCAAAUACCAUCGACCGAAACCGUCAAUGUCGGCAUGGCCAGUGAUGGUCGUAGAGAAUUAGGACUUGAUAUCGAUUAUUUUGGUAAUUGUAAUUUCUUUGUUUGCUUUCAAUUCCCAAUGCAUGAUCUUCUGACAAAAUCAGUGAAUGAAUUAGCUGAACGAAUUAAUUCUGAGAAGAAACAACGGAUGACGAAAGAUUAUAUGACAUCAGCAUUGGCCAUGGUGAAAAAUGCCACGAAUGCUAUCCAUCCAGGUUUUCAAUCAUUCCUCAGCAAGGAUUUAGCGUUCACGAAUUGGUCUCGUUUUCCAUUGUACCAAGUGGAUUUCGGCCACGGGCCACCACAACGUGUGACACUACCAAGUGCUCGAUGGGACGGCUUAGUCUUAAUUUUUCCCACCCAAACAAACGAAGUCGAAUUGUACAUCGGCUUGAAACAGGAUCAUGCUGAUCAACUUCGACAAGAGUUACAAUAA